AUGAGGAAGAAAGUAGAGACAGAGCUGGAGAGACUCACCAAGCAGGGGGUCAUUGAACCAGUGAAGUUCUCAGAAUGGGCUGCACCAAUAGUACCGGUGUUGAAGCCUGACGGAGGGGCACGCAUUUGUGGAGACUACAAACUCACGGUGAACCCAGUCUCUAAGCUAGAGCAGUAUCCAAUACCAAGGUUGGAAGAUUUGUUUGAGAAGCUGACUGGGGGAGAGAAGUUCAGCAAACUGGACCUUAGUCACGCAUAUCAACAAGUCUCUCUUGAUGAGACAUCAAAGCCGUAUGUCACCAUUAACACACAAAAAGGGCUCUUUCAGGUGAAUCGCUUACCAUUUGGUGUUUCUUCUAGUCCCGCUAUAUUUCAACGAAUGAUGGAAGGACUGCUGUCAAGAAUCCCUAAUGUGGCUGUGUACCUGGACGACAUCCUGCUGACGGGCCGGAGUGACCAUGAGCAUCUGGAGACGUUAAAUGAGGUUCUGAGGCGGCUACAAGAGGCAGGUCUUCGAUUGAAACGCAAUAAAUGUGCCUUCUUGGAGCGAGAGGCGGAAUUCCUGGGGCACAAAGUGGAUUCUGCGGGGCUCCAUCCCCCGCCAAACAAGGUAAAGGCCGUCGGACAAGCACCUGCACCCAAAAAUGUCACAGAAUUGAAGUCCUACUUAGGUUUACUUAACUACUACAACAGAUUCUUACCAAACCUGUCAACGUUGCUGGCGCCCUUACAUAAACUGUUGAGAAAGGAUACACCGUGGUGUUGGAAGGAGGAGCAAGAGAGGGCUUUUGGGGAGUCUAAGAAACUCUUGCAGUCGUCAAAGGUCUUAGUGCAUUAUGACAGCCAGAAAGACUUAUUAUUGGCCUGCGAUGCGUCGCCUUAUGGUGUGGGGGCGGUGUUGUCACAUCGUAUGUCAGACGGGCAAGAGCGACCUAUUGGCUUCAUGUCACGGACACUCACGCCAGCCAAAUCAAACUACUCACAACUGGACAAGGAAGGACUGGCAGUGAUGUUCGGCAUUCAGCGUUUCCAUAAGUACUUGUAUGGAAGGAGGUUUGUCAUUUCCACAGACCACAAACCACUAUUGUCACUUUUCAAUGAGUUGAAAGCUGUGCCUCAAAUGGCAUCCCCUCGCAUCCAAAGGUGGGCGGUGACUUUGAGAGCAUAUGAAUAUGAAAUUGUCUACAAGCCAGGGAAAUAUCACGGCAACGCAGACGCGCUGAGCCGACUGCCCCUGCCUCAGCCAUCGACAGAGAAAGUGCAAGAGGAUCGAGUGCUGAUGAUGGAGGACGCGUUGCUGGUAUCAGCAACCGAAGUGAGCCAGUGGACACGUAAAGACCCUGUGUUGUCCCGAGUUCGGCAGUUCAUUCAACAUAGUUGGCCGUCACAACAGUCAGACCCAGCAUUCCAACCUUAUUCCGUCAGGAAAAUGGAGUUAAGUGUGCAAGAUGGUUGUGUAUUGUGGGGGUCACGCGUGGUGGUGCCCCCGCCAGGUUGGGGAGCUUUGAUUCGCCAACUGCAUCAUGGUCACCCAGGCAUUACCAGAAUGAAAGCCUUAGCACGUAGCUACUUUUGGUGGCCAAAGCUAGAUACAGACAUUGAGACAGUGGUGAAGGGAUGCAGCACAUGUCAAGAACAUCGUAACGUUCCGGCUCCAGCGCCCCUCCACCCUUGGGAGUGGCCAAGCAAACCGUGGCAAAGGCUACACAUAGACUAUGCAGGACCAUUUAUGGGUCAUAUGUUUUUGAUCUUAAUGGAUGCUCAUUCAAAAUGGAUGGACGCAUACCCUGUUUCAACAGCAACUUCAGCUAAAACUAUCGAGUGUCUACGGAAAAGUUUCAGCAGUCAAGGGUUGCCCGAGAUGGUGGUGUCGGAUAAUGGAUCAUGUUUUGUGAGUGCUGAGUUUAAAGAUUUUAUGAAAAAUAACGGCAUUGAUCACAUUACCACGGCUCCAUACUACCCUUCUUCAAACGGUUGCGCCGAGCGGGCAGUCCAGACCUUCAAGUGCAUGAUGAAAAAGGCGGGUGAAGGAAAUAUCCAGACUAACGUUUCGAGGGUGCUAUUUAAUUACCGCAUUACCCCUCAGUCGACCACAGGGUUGUCACCCGCUGAAAUGCUACAAGGUCGUAGGUUAAGAUCAACUUUGGAUCUAGUGCAUCCUGACCUGAGAUCCAAGGUGGAACAGAAGCAGGGCGUUCAAAAGAAGCAUCAUGACAAACAAAGAACAGUGAGAAGUUUCUUAAUCGGAGAUGCAGUCAUCACGCGAAACUUUAGUUAUGGGCCCAAGUGGAUCCAAGGCUUCAUUACCAAAGUCACCGGCCCUGUGUCUUACAAAGUCAUGUUAGGGGAUGGUUCCAUAGUGCGUAGGCAUGUGGACCAGAUACUGGACAGACCUGAACAAAAAGACAUUAUUGACCCGGAGGGAACGGGACCUCCGACAGUACCACUUGUGUCGGCUGACGCUACACCAUUGUCAGAGGAACCUGGAGCAGUAAGCGUGAGUGGUGCUCCGGAAGGGAAUCCACAACUCAGGGACAUAACAACUCCAUCAAUGGUGGUCAUUCCAGAGACCGUGAGGGAAGCGCCGCUGGUGGUGCCUGCACGCCGGUCUCAACGAACUGUGUCUAAACCCAAUUUUCUGAAAGACUAUGUCUGUGGGAAGUAA